AGUCCAGGGUUUGCGAGUGAUCGACGCGUCGAUCAUGCCGAGUAUCAUUAGCGGGAAUACCAAUGCACCGACCAUGAUGAUUGCCGAGAAGGGGGCGGAUAUGAUUAAGGAGGAUUGGUUGAAGAAUUUGCGAGCGGAGGAAGAUGACGAUACGCGGCAGACAGGAAGGGAAUCCAUCAUCCUCGAAAGUUAUGUCGUGGGUGCCACCGGACUUAGCAACUCUUUGCCAGCCACAUUCCACCGUGUCUACCUGCCAACCGCCGGCCUUCAUGUUCCUGGCUCUGGUCGCGCAUCUAUUCGGCUAUUCCCAAGACCCUUUCCACCGUCCAUCUCGUGAUUUCGACUCGUUUCGCCCGUGGAAAUUCGACGAAUGCGUGAGAUCCAACGCGAGACGUUCGUCCAAGGACACGUUACGCGGUCACAAGAUGGAGGACGAUGGAGGAGGAUCGGUGGAGUUGUCGAGGGAGGAGGAUGAAAGGGAGACGAUUGAAUCAUCGAUCGUGAAUUUCGAAGAAAUUUGUAACUUUUAUCCUCCGCGAACCGAAAUCGUCCGUGAACCGUUGAGUAAAAUUUACGAUGCAGUUCGAUUUGAUCAAGAAAGAAUUUAUAUUCCGAGAAUGUUGAACGACAUUGCAUCUCCAAUGUAUCUGUUAACGAGCCAGGAUCAAGUAAAUCGUCAAGAUGAUAAUUCAAAGGCGGUGGAAAGAAUUUUCAUCGACAAUCGAGACGAAAAUGUUCAAACGAUUUCUUCGUACGACGCUUGGAGAGGUGGUGCUAGUGAUUUUGAUCGGUACAAGAAUUUUAUGUAUCCUAAGAAGUUGGUGGAUAGUCAGAUUGGCGUCAAUUUUCCGCAAAUUUCCACGAAUUUUCCUAGAGAAGAGUACGAUUUUAUUAUCGUUGGAGCUGGAUCGGCUGGAUGCGUUCUCGCGAAUAGAUUGAGCGAAGUAAAACACUGGAAGAUAUUAUUAUUGGAGGCUGGAAUAGAAGAACCAUUGGUGGCCAAAGUUCCUGCUUUUGCCUCUAUGUUGCAAGCCAGCAAUAUUGAUUGGAUGUAUCGUACACAACCAGAGCGACACUCUUGUCGAUCAAGAAGAGAUAGAAGCUGUGCAUGGGCAAGGGGUAAAGUAAUGGGUGGAUCCAGUACUAUCAACUAUAUGAUUUAUAUACGUGGUAAUCCAAAAGAUUACAACGAAUGGGCAGAGAAAGGAAAUUAUGGAUGGAGUUACGAAGAAGUUUUGCCAUAUUUUCUCAAGUCAGAGAACAAUAAGGAUCGAGAGAUCGUAAAAGAAAAUCCAUACUAUCACAACAAAGGCGGUUAUCAAUCGGUGGAACGAUUUCCAUACACCGACAUCAACGCGAGGAUUCUUUUGAACGCGUGGCGGGAACUCGGUCACGUGACCGUAGAUGCAAACGCGGGAACACAAUUGGGAGUAAUGAAAUUGCAAAUGACUUCCCUCCAUGGAAAGCGCGAAAGCGUCAAUAGUGCGUAUAUCAGACCUAUCAGGCGCAAACGAAAGAAUCUCACCAUCGAAACACAGGCUCACGUCACUAGAUUACUGACAGAUCCAAUCACGAAACGUGUGACAGGUGUCGAUUACACGUGUACAUCGACAGGAUUGAGUAAAUCUGUUCUGGCUAGGAAAGAGGUCGUCCUUUCAGCUGGCACGAUUAACUCGCCCAAAAUUUUAAUGCUAUCCGGCAUAGGGCCGGCCGAUGAAUUAAAGAAACAUGGAAUUCCAAUAAUCAGCGACUUACCAGUUGGAAGAAACCUUCAGGAUCACGUGACGAUGGACGGUUUGGUAAUCGCGUUGAACAGUACUUCGACGACGAAAGACAACCGUAUGAAGAAAAGUGACAUCUGCUACUACGAGAAGACUCAGAUGGGGCCACUGUCUGCCACUGGAACACUCGUGUGCGGAGCGUUUUUGCAGACUGCGUUCGAACAUGAACAUGGCUUACCAGAUAUUCAAUACGCCUUCGAUGCUAGCAAUCAGAUGGAUUUUUUGAACGAUCCAGCGGAGUUUGGGGAGACCAGGGUCGAGCCUUUGUCUUAUUAUGAUGCCAUCAAUAUUAGACCUAUCUUACUGUCGCCUAGAAGCAGAGGAUUCUUAUUGUUGAACGAUACAGAUCCUUUGUGGGGGCCACCAUCUAUCUAUCCUGCAUACUUCACUGCCUAUCCCGAUGUAGACGUGAUGGUGGAGGGGAUAGAGAUUGCUUUGAAGUUGUUCCAUACCACGUGGUUUCGGCAGUAUGGCUUUCGACUUAUCGAUACGCCUCUGCCAUCUUGCAGACGUUUCAUUUUUGGCACGAGGGAAUAUUGGAAGUGCGUGAUGAUGGAGUACACGGCGACGAUCUAUCAUCCUGUAGGUACGUGCAAAAUGGGUCCAGAUUGGGAUCCCGAAGCUGUGGUCGAUCCUGAGUUGAGGGUUUACGGAGUGGCUGGUUUAAGAGUCGUGGACGCUUCGAUCAUGCCUAAAAUCGUUAGAGGGAACACGAAUGCGCCUACCAUCAUGAUCGCGGAAAAGGCUAGCGACAUGAUCAAGGAUGAAUGGUUAUAUGCGUGGAAGUAAAAGUUUGUGAUUAUAUCGAAGACGAGAACUUUGGACAGUAACGAUGUAAUAAGUAAAAAGUUGGUAUCGAUCCAACUGAUUUUUAAUGUGUUUUCGAUAUGCAGGUACGCCAAUGUAAUUCGUUUUUAUAUGUAGAAUAUGAUGUAUAAUAAUAACUAUAGUGAAAGUUUGUAAUGUUAUUCCUCGAGAAUAUUGAUUUUAGUAUAUAUUAUAAAAUUUUUACGAUUUUACCAUAGGAUAGGAUAAAAGCAUUGAUUAAUUGAAUUACCUUCAUUAAUAGUACCAAAAAUUAAAAGAAUCUAUUGUUUGGAAUAAUCUUACCUGAAACAAAGGAAAAAAGAGGUUAUAUUAAUUUCUAUUCUUAAUUAUAUGAUGAAAUAUUGAAUUGUAAGUAUGUCGAGUGAAUAAAAAUAUAAAGAAUGUUAUCUAAUUAUUAUUCUGUGUCAAGAUCUCAAAAUGUUAGGUUAAUAAUAUCAAUCAAUAGCAGAAUAUAAUUAGGUUACAAAAAACGUACGAUUAAUGAACAGUUAUCGCAAAUAGUUAUCAUAUAAUGAUUUCUUGUUCCAUUUUUUCCCCU